AUGGCAAUAUCUGCUGGGCGUGUCAGCAGCCUGGUCAUUUCCAAUCUCAUUGCCGACUCUUCCGCUGCCACAUCUGUGGACGCACUCAACCAGGGCAUUAUCCAUCUGCCUGUCCUCAACGAACUGUUUGGGACAAUGCUAUCCAAGAAGCCACCGAAGAGCAAGACUAUGACGAUGGCACUCUUGUGGACCUGGACGGUAGAUUUGUUCUCUCGAGCUUUCGAGUCCUUGGAGGAGACAACUGGAGCCACUCCGGGGCGAAGGAAAACACAGAAAUUUGCACAGGACACGAUCUCCGGGAAGAACGAUGCCUCUGCCGCCGAAGGAAAAAAGCCCGAAGACGGUCCAGCCGUCUUCAGGGUCAAGGAGGCAGAUAUGUAUACCAAGCUGGGAACGUCCUGGCCGCUUAUUGAGCUCUGCAUCGAAGUUAAAGGUUCUGUCGAGGAGGACCCUUUUAUUGACCCGCUCGACGAAGAAGAAGCACGCGUCCCCGCACCCACUGGUUCUGUUCCUGUUUCGGGAGCUCAUGCCGCAAACUCUGAGGACUUCGAGGAUGAUCAGCGACGUCCAUUUUCAUCCUCCAAGGUCGCCAUUCAAGUAGACGCCUCUUAUCCUUUCGAGAGAAAAACCGGGAAAGGCAAGGCCAACAGAGGUCAACUCACAGAUUACGCCACCAAUAUGUGGGCCUACCAGCAUCGCGUAUUUUUUUUCCAAGUCUUUAUCUUCAAAGACUUUGCUCGCCUGUUGAGAUACGACCGAGCUGGCGUCAUUGUUUCAGAGCAGUUCCGGUACCAGAAGACACCAUAUCUAGCGCAGUUCUUCUCCCGGUUUGAUGCGAUGUCUGCCUUACAGCGUGGAAGAGACACAAGUGUCUCUGCUGCAGGGCCAAACGAGGUAUCCCAGGCAAAAGCAAUAUUACCGUCAGAAUGUCUCGACGACAGCAAGGAGCUGCUGAAGAUUCUGGUUCACGAUAAAGAGGGCGUGAAGGAGCUGAUAAUCUCCACUCCAUGCUUCAACUAUCCUUCGGCCAUUGGCAGGGGAACGCGGUGUUACGUGGCCGCCGAUAUUGCGACCGGAAGGCGUGUCUUCCUCAAAGAUUCCUGGCGGACUCCAGGGAGUAAUCAGCUUCAAGCAACCGUGACUGCAAAGUAUGCUAAGAGGAAUUGGGCCAUUGCCACGACCAAGUUGGAGGAACACCAACACUAUCGUCUCGUUCUCGAUGUUAUAGGAGAACCACUUGACAAAGCCCCAUCCUCCCGGGCCAUAGUGAAAGGUAUCCUUGACGCACUCAUCGCUCACUGGGAGGCUUUUGACAAAGCAAAAAUCUUGCAUAGGGACCUCAGCCCAGGAAACAUAAUAUUUACUGAGACGGGUCACGGAAUAUUGAUCGAUUGGGAUCUAUGUAGAUCCGUUGAUUCACAGGAAGCAGCCCGGAUCCGAGGCCAUACGGGCACCUGGCAAUUCAUUUCGUAUGAGCUCCUCCAAGACCCGGAGAAGCAGCAUUCAUUGCAGGAUGACCUCCAGUCUGCCUUCUGGAUCCUUCUCUAUAUCUGUUAUCAGUUCAUACCGAGCACUGUAGAAGGAGAAGCCCUUGAUGCUGGUUGA